AUGAAGUGGGUGCUGGCCUUUGAGAUCUUCAUCCCCCUGGUCCUCUUCUUCAUCCUGCUGGGCCUGCGGCAGAAGAAGCCGGCCAUCCCCGUCAAAGAAGUGUCCUUCUACAGCGCGGCUCCCCUGACCUCCGCUGGCAUCAUCCCCAUCAUGCAGUCCCUGUGCCCGGACGGCCAGCGCGACGAGUUCGGCUUCCUCCAGUACAAGAACUCCACUGUGACUCAGCUGCUGGAGCGUAUAGGCGAGGUGGUGGAGCAGAACCACCUGUUCACGUCGGAGCGUCCCAGCCUGGGCGAGGAGCUGGAGUCCCUGCAGCAGCACCUGGAGAGCCUCAGCGCCGCGCACAGCCCCCUGGAGACACAGUUCAACACCAGCCACGGCUUCACAGUGGGCAGUGUGCUGAGGAACCAAUCAGCAUUCCAGCAGUUCCUGGUUCGGAACCUGUCUCUAGCCAAUGACAUGGCCAGCCUCCUGCUCUCCUCCCCUGUUAAUCUGAAAGAGGUGUACAACGUUGUCUUUGGGUCUUAUGCAAAAGUGGGUAGUGGGGAUGCUGGGAUCCUGACGGAGGGACUGACGAGUGCGGCCCACAGUCCAGGAGAGAAGGUCCUGCAGCUGGAGAAGCAGCUCCUGGGGGGCUGGCGUAGUCUGGAGGGGGGCCUGAUCCACAAGGCCCUACAGGACCCUGGUAAAGUGACCCAUCAGGAGGCCCUCCUGCACCUGCUGUCCCAGGCCCUGGGGCUCGCCGGGGGGACACUGGGCCAGAAGUUUGACCCUCAGGGACUAAAGGAGCUGGAGGGGAUUCUGCUGACUAGCACAGAGCUCGAGGCACUCACUUGUGGAGACGGAGGCGGGAACAGCAAGCUGGGCCAAAUCCUGUUGGUUCCCGAGAAGCAACAGACACUGCUCCAGGCCUAUCGAACGGCAGUAUGUGGUGGAGGGGCUGUCCAACGGGCUGAGAGAUUCGGCGAGAUGAGCCAGGCACUAAAAGAACAAAUAGACACUCAGCGCAUAGUUGAAAAGUUACGUCUUGACCAGGCUAACGUCUCUGGCGUGAUCUCCCAGUCCCACCUGGGCGCCCUGCUGAAGGACCUGGCUGAUGUGGAGCGCCUCCUGAGGGACGUGGACCUGCUCUCCGGCCUGGCUCGCCUGCUGCCUAAAGGGGCCUGCGCUCCCAGCGGCGGACACCCGGCCUCCCCGCCCACCAACACCUCUGGAACCCCCUGGAAGGUCAACACCACGACCUGGGGCCCUAACACCACAGACACCCCAGGAGGAGCGGAGGGAGGAGGAGGAGCAGGAGGAGGAGGAGGAGGAGGAGCGGGAGGAGGAGCGAGUCCAAAGGAGGCGGAGGGGGAGAACCCGCGCUCGCAGUUCUCCGCCUUUGUGCAGCUGUGGGCCGGACUGCAGCCGAUCCUGUGUGGGAACAACAGAAUAAUUGAGCCUGAGGCUCUUAAGCAAGGCAACAUGAGCUCUCUGGGCUUCACGAGUAAAGAGCAGCGUAACCUGGGCUUACUGGUACACCUCAUGACUACAAAUCCCAAGAUCCUCUACUCCCCCAUCGGCUCACAGGUGGACAAGGUCAUUCAGAAGGCCAAUGAGACAUUUGCGUUUGUGGGAAACGUGACCCACUACGCCCGUGUGUGGCUCAACAUCUCAGCGGAACUCAGAGCCUUUCUGGAGGAGGGGAAACUGCACAACCACCUAGCCUGGCUUCAACAGUUCACCUCGGACCUGCGUCAGCACCCGGAGCUGCUGAACGUGUCGGACAGCGAGCUGCUGAGGGGGCUGCUGGAGGGCAACUUCAGCCUCCCCAACACCACCACCCUGCUGGAACAGCUGGACACCAUCGACAACGCAGCCUGCGGAUGGACACACUUCAUGUCCAAGGUCAGUGUUGACAUCUUCAAAGGCUUCCCGGAUGAAGAGAGCAUCGUGAACUACACCCUGAACCAGGCCUACCAUGAUAACGUCUCCGUGUUUGCCAGUGUGAUUUUUCAGACCAACAAGGAUGGUUCUCUUCCUCCGCACGUCAUGUAUAAGAUCAGGCAGAACUCCAGUUUCACAGAAAAGACCAAUGAGAUUCGACGUGCAUACUGGCGACCCGGACCCAACACGGGAGGGAAAUUCUACUUCCUCUAUGGCUUUGUGUGGAUCCAAGACAUGAUGGAAAGGGCGAUCAUCAACACAUUUGUAGGGCACGACGUGGUGGAGCCAGGGAACUACGUGCAGAUGUUCCCGUACCCCUGCUACACACGAGACGACUUCCUGUUUGUGAUCGAGCACAUGAUGCCCCUGUGCAUGGUCAUCUCCUGGGUGUACUCGGUGGCCAUGAUGAUCCAGCACAUAGUGGCCGAGAAGGAGCACCGACUCAAAGAGGUGAUGAAGAUGAUGGGUCUGAAUAACGCGGUGCACUGGGUCGCCUGGUUCAUCACCGGCUUCGUGCAGCUCUCCAUCUCGGUGACGGCGCUGACGGCCAUCUUGAAAUACGGCCGCGUCCUGCUCCACAGCGACCCCUUCAUCAUCUGGCUCUUCCUCAGCAUCUACGCCAUCGCCACCAUCAUUUUCUGCUUCCUGGUGUCGGUCAUCUACUCCAAAGCCAAGUUGGCGUCGGCCUGCGGUGGCAUCAUCUAUUUCCUGAGCUACGUGCCCUACAUGUACGUGGCCAUCCGGGAGGAGGUGGCACACGACAAGAUCACCGCCUUUGAGAAAUGCAUAGCGUCACUGAUGUCCACCACCGCGUUCGGCCUGGGCUCCAAGUACUUCGCCCUGUACGAGGUGGCCGGCGUGGGCAUCCAGUGGCGCACAAUCAACCAGUCGCCAGUAGAGGGCGACGACUUCAACCUGCUGCUGUCUAUCGUCAUGCUCAUCAUCGACGCCACUGUGUACGGAGUGCUCACCUGGUACAUUGAGGCCGUGCAUCCAGGCAUGUACGGUCUGCCGCGGCCGUGGUACUUCCCUCUGCAGAAGUCCUAUUGGCUGGGUAGUGGGCGUGUUGAGACGUGGGAGUGGCCAUGGGGAGGAGGGGGUAUGCUGAGCGUCAUGGAGGAGGACCAGGCAUGUGCCAUGGAACACCGCCGCACAGAGGAGAUGCGUGGCAUCGAGGAAGAGCCUAGUCACCUGCCGCUGGUGGUGUGCAUCGACAAGCUGACCAAGGUCUACAAGACGGGCAGCAAGCUGGCCCUCAACAAACUCAGCCUCAACCUCUACGAGAACCAGGUGGUCUCCUUCCUCGGGCACAACGGAGCCGGCAAGACCACCACCAUGUCCAUCCUGACCGGCCUGUUCCCGCCCACGUCUGGCUCGGCCACCAUCUACGGCCACGACAUCCGCACGGAGAUGGAGCGUAUCCGGCAGAACCUGGGCAUGUGCCCGCAGCACAACGUGCUGUUCGACAAGCUGAGCGUGGAGGAGCACCUGUGGUUCUACUCCAGACUCAAGGGCAUGGAGGAGGAGGACAUACGCAAGGAGAUGGACAAGAUGAUCGAGGACCUGGAGCUGUCGAACAAGCGCCACAGCCUGGUGCAGACGCUGUCGGGAGGCAUGAAGAGGAAGCUGUCGGUGGCCAUCGCCUUCGUAGGAGGGUCCCGCGCCGUCAUACUGGACGAACCCACGGCCGGAGUCGACCCGUACGCCCGCCGAGCCAUCUGGGACCUCAUCCUCAAGUAUAAACAAGGCCGUACCAUCCUGCUGUCCACGCACCACAUGGACGAGGCCGAUCUGCUGGGCGACCGCAUCGCCAUCAUCAACCACGGCAAGCUCAAGUGCUGCGGCUCGCCCCUCUUCCUCAAGAGCACCUACGGGGACGGCUACAAGCUCACCCUCGUCAAGAAGCAGACAGACUCCUCCAGUGGAGGUCAGGGUGUCCAGCCGCCCUCCGUCCCCCAGCAGUCCCCCUCCUCGGUGGCCUUGCCCUCCUCCCUGUCUGGCUGCAGUGAGAGCCGCGUCACCCAGUUCAUCCGCCAGUUCGUGGCCUCCUGCCUGCUGGUGUCCGACACCAACACCGAGCUCUCCUACGUACUGCCCUCCGAGGCGGCCAAGAAGGGAUGCUUCGAACGCCUCUUCCAGGCGCUGGAGCAGAGUUUGGACAGCCUGGCUCUCACCAGCUUUGGCGUGAUGGACACGACGCUGGAGGAGGUCUUCCUGAAAGUCUCAGAGGAAGAUCUGUCCCUGGAGAACAGCGAUGCCGACAUGAAGGACUCUCCUGGCGGUAACUCUGGUGGCAAGCCGUCGUCUCUGCUGCCGGGGCCACAGUGCGAUGGGCAGCCAACAGGUGGAGGUGGAGGUGGAGGUGGCGGUGGCGGUGGCGGUGGCGGUGGCGGUGGUGGCGGUGGCGGCGGUGGUGGCGGUGGUGGUGGUGGCGGUGGUGGUGGUGUGAUGAGGCCAGAGGUGGAGCUGAGUAACCUGGUCAUGUGCUCACGCCUCAGCCAGAGCCAGGGCUCGCUGCGCUCAGGCUCCUCGCUGAGCUCGGUGCGCGGGGACGAGGGUGGACUCUACGCGGACUUCUACGGGGACUACUGCCCGCUGUUCGACAACGGACAGGACCCAGACUCAAACAGCCUCAGAGAUGAGGAGGCGUCUCCGGAGCCGGUGCUGGAGGGGCAGGGCAGCUUCAAGCUGGAGGGCUGGUGGCUGAAGCUUCGCCAGUUCCACGGCCUCAUCGUCAAGAGGUUCCACUGCGCCAAGAGGAACACCAAGGGCCUCUUCUCCCAGAUCAUGCUGCCCGCCUUCUUCGUCUGCGUGGCCAUGACCGUCGCCCUCUCCGUGCCCUCAAUAGGAGACCUGCCACCCCUCAUCUUGUCCCCUUCGCAGUACCACAACUACACCCAGCCGCGGGGGAACUUCAUCCCUUUUGCAAACGAAGACCGGCCACAGUACAGGAGCAAGCAUUCCCCCGACGCCAGCCCUCAGAAGAUCAUCAACACCCUGCGCCUCCCCUCGGGUGUGGGGGCCACGUGCGUGCUGAAGACGCCCUUCAACAGCACCCUGGAUCAGCUGGCCCAGACCCUCAACCCCUAUGACAACAACAACUCCAAGACGCUGGCGGCGCGCUACUUCGACCCCAUGUGCCUCGACUCCUUCACCCAGGGCGUGCCUCUCUCCAACUUCGUGCCCCCGCCCCCCUCCCCAGCGCCCUCGGACGACCCCGAGCCGCGCUUCGAGGACGGGCCCUGGAACUACACCGCCGCACCUCCCACCACCGUGAAAGAGAUGGUGACGUCUCCCCCCACGUUGCCCCUCUCCAUCCACGAGCCGGUGAAGUGCAUCUGCUCCAUGCAGGGCACAGGCUUCUCCUGCCCCAGCGGGGUGGGCGGACGGCCGCCUCUCACCAAGGUGGUGACCGGGGACAUCCUGGUGGACAUCACCGGACGCAACGUGUCCGAGUACCUGCUCUACACCUCUGACCGCGUACGCCUGCACAGAUAUGGAGGCCUCACGGUGGGAAACAUUCAGAAAUCGGUGCCCGCCUCGUUUGGCAGGAAGAUCCCCCCCAUGGUGCGCAAGAUAGCAGUCCGACGCUCAUCCCAGGUGCUGUACAACAACAAAGGCUACCAUAGCAUGCCCACCUACCUAAACGUGCUCAACAACGCCAUCCUGCGCGCCAACCUGCCUCUAAACAAGGGCAACCCGGCUGCCUACGGAAUCACCCUGACGAAUCACCCCAUGAAUCGAACCAGUGCCAGCUUGUCUCUGGACUACCUGCUGCAGGGUACGGACGUGGUGAUCGCCAUCUUCAUCAUCGUGGCCAUGUCCUUCGUGCCGGCCAGCUUCGUGGUCUUCCUGGUGGCUGAGAAGUCCACCAAGGCCAAACACCUGCAGUUCGUCAGUGGCUGCGACCCCGUCACCUACUGGCUGGCUAACUAUAUCUGGGACAUGCUCAACUACUUGGUGCCAGCCACAUGCUGUGUCCUGAUCCUGUUCGUCUUUGACCUUCCGGCGUACACGUCACCCAAAAAUUUCCCAGCCGUCCUGUCCCUCUUCCUGCUGUAUGGCUGGUCCAUCACUCCCAUCAUGUACCCGGCCUCGUUCUGGUUCGAGGUACCCAGCACGGCCUACGUCUUCCUCAUCGUCAUCAACCUUUUCAUCGGCAUCACCGCUACCGUGGCAACCUUUCUGCUGCAGCUCUUUGAACACGACAAGGACCUGAAGUUGGUCAACAGCUACCUGAAGUCCUGCUUCCUCAUCUUCCCCAACUACAACCUGGGCCACGGCCUCAUGGAAAUGGCCUACAACGAGUACAUCAACGAAUAUUACGCCAAAAUAGGUCAGUUCGACAAGGUGAAGUCCCCGUUUGAAUGGGACAUCGUGACCCGCGGCCUGGUUGCUAUGACGAUCGAGGGGUUUGUGGGAUUUCUCAUCACCAUCCUGUGCCAGUACAAUUUCCUAAGGAAACCCCAGAGGAUGCCGGUGAGUAGUCAGCCCAUUGAGGAUGAUGAUGUGGACGUCGCCUGCGAGAGGAGACGAGUCCUCAGAGGAGACGCGGACAACGACAUGCUCAGAAUCGACAACCUCACCAAGGUGUACAAGUCGAGGAAGAUGGGCCGUAUCCAGGCGGUGGACCGGCUGUGCCUGGGGGUGCGACCCGGGGAGUGCUUUGGGCUCCUGGGGGUCAACGGAGCGGGGAAGACCACCACCUUCAAGAUGCUGACAGGAGACGAGACCACUACGGGAGGAGAGGCCUUCAUCGGAGGACACAGUAUACUGCGUGAGCUUCUGAAGGUGCAGCAGAGUAUUGGCUACUGCCCGCAGUUCGACGCCCUGUUUGAGGACCUGACAGCCAGGGAGCACCUGGAGCUCUACACACGCCUACGGGGAAUCCCCUGGAAGGACCAGGACAGGGUGGUGCAGUGGGCUCUGGAGAAGUUGGAGCUGACUAAGUAUGCCGACAAGCCAGCCGGAACCUACAGCGGAGGCAACAAGCGCAAGCUGUCCACCGCCAUCGCCCUCAUAGGAUACCCCUCGCUCAUCUUCCUGGACGAGCCCACCACUGGCAUGGACCCCAAAGCAAGGCGCUUCCUCUGGAACCUCAUUAUUGACAUCAUCAAAACGGGACGCUCAGUUGUGCUUACAUCACACAGUAUGGAAGAAUGUGAAGCGUUAUGCACCAGACUCGGCAUUAUGGUCAAUGGCAGAUUCAAAUGCCUCGGCAGUAUACAGCACCUCAAGAAUAGAUUUGGUGAUGGUUAUAUGAUCACUGUACGCACUAAAACCACAAGUAGCGUGAAAGAAGUGGUGAAAUUCUUCAAUAGGAACUUCCCAGAAGCUAUACUGAAGGAGCGACACCACACCAAAAUCCAGUACCAGCUGAAAUCGGAGCGCAUCUCACUGGCUCAGGUCUUCAGUAAGAUGGAGCAAGUGGUGGAAGUCCUGAGCAUCGAAGAUUACUCCGUCAGCCAGACCACGCUGGAUAAUGUUUUUGUAAACUUUGCCAAAAAGCAAAGUGACAACCUGGAGCAGCAGGAGAGUUCGCCCCGCGGUGGCGGCCAGUCGCCACUGCAGCGUCUGCUGAGCCUGCUACGGCCCCAGCCGGCCAAUACGGAGCUCAACGCCCUGGUGUGUGAGGAACCGGAGGAGCUGGAGAGCGACGACGACGAGGGCCUCAUCAGCUUCGAGGAGGAGAGGGUCCAGCUAUCUUUUAACACCGACACUCUCUGCUGAAAGUCAGCGGCCACCGAAACAAACACACACAGAGUAUAACAAACGUAUAAAAACAUCACGCCUCAAGCUCGGAUAUGGAUCCUGACGGACACAACUGAAAGAUAAGUGAAAAGAAUCUCUCCGUCUGGCUGUUCACAUCUGCUUGGAAAAGACGAGGCACUCUUAUUUUUUUUUCCCUGUGUGCACUAAAAAACAAGGAUGAAUGAAUCAAAGGAUGAAAGUGACUAGUGUGAUGUGGGUGCACAAUAACAAACUCUGAAACGUCUGAGGCAGAGAGUGACUGAUACUGAGGACAGACAGACAGACCACAGCCUCGUCAUACGGUAGAGACUGAGGCUGAUUUGAAGAGGACUCGAUGGCGUUUCUCCACAGCCACAGAUUCUCCUCUCCACCUGCCCACACUGCUUCAGGCUCAGGAGAAGCGAUUACAUUUGUGAAGAGGAGUCCGAUUAUUCCCAAUGUAAUGCACAUGUAGUGGUGGUGGUGGUGUAUUGUCUUUUUGACUCUUCAGGGUUGGGGUGAUCACUGCGAUAUGUUGCUCCAGGUGGAUGGUUUGACCUGUGGCUUAACAAGGCAGAGUUUCGCAGAGGGGAGACAGGGAGGGAGGUAGGGCGAGCAGAAGCUCCUUUGGUUGGUUCCUGAGUCAAUGUUUAUUGUGGUGUUUGUGCCACUGAUGUCAGAAGAUGACUUCUAUCAUCCACUCGUAUGGUUUGAUGAUCACAAGGCAUCUCGUACGUACCUCUUAAGUAAAUAUUGCUUUGGAGCGUUGUUUGACUACGUUUAUCAUGGAGUAAUAUAUUUUCUUUCAGCCAAAGGAGCGAUGUAACUACACAAACCCCCUUGUUGAAAACUGUUAAUCAUGUCUGUUUUUUUUAAGUUAUACCUGCCUUGAACGCAUGCAUAUAGUGUCAGACCCGUAUUGUGUCAUAUCUACACGUACAUUUUUGCUGUGGUACAGAAGAAUGGUUUAUUUUGUAUAUUGACAUGUUUUGGACACAUGUAUGUGGUUCAUUUAAUAAAUGAUUGCUGGUUUCUUAAUGCACCUUACUGAGGUGCUGUCUUGGAAAAAAAUAAAACUGACUGUCUGUGUCCUGAUUUGUAGGCCUUUAAAAAUGACUUGAUUGACCCCAAUAUGGUGGAAACUGCCCUUCCACAUAGACUAGGUUCUGUAUCUUCACCUACGAGAAUGUAAAUGGCAUGAAAAUGUUUUGCACAGACUCUGGUGCCUCCUUGAAGCUUGAGCAUCUUUGUUGUGAAUAUAUUAUAUAUAUAUAAAAAAAAUACCUUUGUCCUUUCUUUCCAUUAAUCCACUCUUUGUUCGUCCCAUCUGGAGAAUACCACGUUUCUUCUUCUUCUUCUUCUGGUUUGUGUUUUUAUUUGUGUUGUACUGUUUAAGUUGUAUUCUGGAAAAACAAGAACCCUUGUCUGUUUAAUUACUGCAUAAUUAAGGCAAACAAUUACUCUUUAGUCAUGUACAGGAAAUGAUGCUGAUAAAACUGCUUUACUGGAAUUAAAAAAAGAACUAAGGUCAUUUACAUGAUAUCCGUGCUAUAAAAGAACAAGCAAACUCAUGUACCAUCACUGUGAUUUAAAAUGCAAACACUCAAGUUGAAGAGUUUGAGUGUUUCGACAGUGAAAAACAGCAAGGAGAUUAGGAAUAUAUUUUGAAUAAUGCCACGUUCUAAUUGCUGAUAAAAUUAGAUUUUAUUUCCUCAAAUUUUAUACUGGUGUGUGAGCCAUAAGAUGACUAUUUUGAACCACAUCCAAGUGUAUCUUCUGUUUGUUUGUGUUUUGUUUGUUUUUAUGCUGUCUGACUAAUCGUUACCAGUUGUGAUUCCUGAAUCCUGUUAUGAUUUCGUUUUUCACACCGAUACCAACUGGAACUUGGCUAGUUGUAAAUUUGGACCAAUGUUUUCCUUUGUGUAAUGUAAUAUGGAAAGUUAUAGAACAUUGGUGGGGAAAAAGGCAAAGACUGAUUUAUAUUUUCUUAGAAUGUGUAAAGAUAACUCAAGCAAAUGGAAAAGGGAUGGGUUGUGUGACCCGAGAGAUGUUUUAUAAGAAAGAAGACCAAAAGGGAAAUAUUUUUUUAAAAAGUAAAUUAUUUCAUUCUGCGCUGAAUGUGAAUGUUAUGUCAUUUAAAAAAAUAUACAACACAUUCUGGUUCGUAAAAAACAAAACCUGUUCUGAAAAAGAAAAAAAGAAACCCUGAUCUAACCUUGUUAGGUGGGGAAAGUGGUUCAUCAUCCCUUACUCUGUAAGGUCGAACAUUUGUUUCUCAGAUACAGAGACCGUCACGCUCUGUGGAGGUCAGAGCUCUGUGAAAUCUUCAACCUUUGUGUAAUCAGCAGGGGCCUAUACUGCAAAGCUGGUU